UGGGAACACCUAACUGGGAGGGCCAUUGCUCCUCUUUCUCUCUAACCCCUUACUCUUAGUUGCAGAGGCACUGUACUUGUUUUUGGCAGGGGGCGCCAUAGCUGAUGCUUACGACAAACACGGACCAUGGUCCACCUGCUGUCAUAGGCCACAACGAAUGGCUCAAACCAUUCUUUCGUAUGCCUUGUUAGGUUUAAGGGCCAGUUCGACAUAAAAAGAAAACUUUUUUUUUCCUUUUUUUAAGAAAAUAUUUAUUUUCCGUGCAUGGUUAAUGCUUUGUUGGUUCCUAAUAAUAAUAAAUGCUAGAAUUAUGACAAGUAAACAUCUGAUUGGUGUUACCUUAAUUGGACUGGUUCCUCCAGCGUGAGAGGCUUAAGAUUAAAGAGUUUUAAGACCACCGAAGAACGUUAAAACGUUCUCCCUCUCUCAGUCUCUGUCGAGUUCUUCUCUUUCUCAACAUGGACAAUGCUUUCUGCUCACAUUUCUCAUUCAAGGGAUGUUAAGGUUCUUGUAGUCUGUUGUAUGAUUUGAUGAAGGAAAAAUCUUUUGGGAAAACCCCUUUUCCUGUUAGACCUUGAAAAUCCUAAUAAGACCCAAACUCUAAUUAAUCUGAUCAGCACUACUUCUUGGGCGAAGGAAAAAAGAAAAAGUAACAAUGUCUGGUUUAAAUCCCAAAUCACCACCGUUGGUUCCUUCGUCGUCCUCUCGAAAACUCCCAGAUUUUAAACAAUCUGUGAAGCUUAAAUACGUAAAGCUUGGUUACCAUUACCUUAUCACCCAUGGAAUGUAUCUGUUUUUAUCGCCUCUUGUUGUUAUUGUCUCUGCACACUUAUCUACAUUCUCUAUCCAACAUGUUCAUGAUCUCUGGGAUCAUCUCAAAUUCAAUCUCAUAUCUGUGAUCCUGUGUUCAACCCUCCUUGUGUUUUUGUUGACCCUUUAUUUACUCACUCGCCCUCGCCCUGUUUACCUUGUGGAUUUUUCCUGUUAUAAGCCUGAUGAUUUGAGAAAAUGUACUAGGCAGAUUUUUAUGGAAAGGUCUCAGUUAACUGGUUCUUUUACUGAGCAAAGUCUUGAGUUUCAAAGGAAGAUUCUUGAAAGGUCUGGGCUUGGAGAGUCAACUUAUCUCCCUGAGGCUGUUCUCAGAGUUCCUCCAAAUCCAUGUAUGGCAGAGGCGCGGAAGGAGGCUGAGGCUGUGAUGUUUGGUGCAGUUGAUCAAUUGUUUGAGAAAACAUCUGUGAAACCGAAAGAUAUUGGGAUUUUGAUUGUGAAUUGUAGCUUGUUUAAUCCAACUCCCUCUUUAUCUGCUAUGAUCAUUAAUCAUUAUAAGCUCCGAGGGAAUAUAAUUAGUUAUAAUCUGGGUGGCAUGGGUUGCAGUGCUGGUUUGAUAUCCAUUGAUCUUGCUAAAGAUCUUCUUCAAGUGCAUCCUAAUUCUUAUGCAUUGGUCAUUAGCACGGAAAACAUCACUUUGAAUUGGUACUUUGGGAAUGACAGGUCAAUGCUCCUUUCGAAUUGCUUGUUUAGAAUGGGAGGUGCUGCCAUUUUGCUUUCAAAUAAAAGGUCUGAGGGGUGGCGUUCCAAGUACCGAUUGGUCCACACUGUUAGGACUCAUAAGGGUGCUGAUGAUAAGUGCUUCUCUUGUGUUACUCAAAGAGAGGAUUCUACUGGGCGCAUUGGAGUUUCAUUGUCCAAGGAUUUGAUGGGAGUAGCUGGCGAGGCUUUAAAGACUAAUAUCACUACCUUGGGCCCUCUUGUUUUGCCAAUGUCUGAACAGCUUCUCUUCUUUGCCACACUGGUGGUGAAGAAACUUUUCAAUAUGAAGAUUAAGCCAUACAUCCCAGAUUUCAAAUUCGCAUUUGAGCAUUUCUGUAUCCAUGCUGGUGGAAGAGCUGUGCUGGAUGAAUUGGAGAAAAACCUGCAGCUUUCUGAUUGGCAUAUGGAACCUUCAAGAAUGACACUAUAUCGAUUUGGUAAUACUUCAAGCAGCUCUCUUUGGUACGAAUUGGCUUAUACAGAAGCCAAAGGAAGGAUGAAAAGGGGGGACAGAAUCUGGCAGAUAGCCUUUGGGUCUGGAUUCAAAUGUAACAGUGCAGUUUGGAAAGCUCUGCGGACCAUAGACACAUCUGAGGAGAGGAACCCAUGGAUAGAUGAGAUACACCUGUUCCCAGUGGAUGUUCCUAAGGUUUCAGCCAUAUAGAAAUGCUAGCAGUGGUUUCUCAUUUCUCUGCAGGGCAGGGGCUUCUGGUGAUGGAAGCAAAUUUCUUUGAGUGAUGAAUCUUUUUUGUCUGCUUUUACUGCAAAAUCAUUUAGGACUUGUUAACUAUAUUGGUUUUCCUUUUUAAGCUAUGAGUGAUUUAGAAUGAGGUAAUGACUUGGAAUUAGGCUGUAUUGUCCUCAAGUUAGCAAGAAUGUGAUUACCAGGCAUUUCAUUUUUCUUUA